GCCGCCGGCCCCCUCCUCUCCGCUACAGCGCCCGGCGGCGGCGGGCGCGCCCGCGACGAAACCGCCGUGUUUGUUCAAAAUCACGCGCCCCGCGCCAUUCCCCCGCUACAUCCCAUAAUACUGUGCCGCCCUGGUAACGGCCGGCGCAGCGUCCCGCGCGCACCGCCCCGCGCUUCCGGGCCCGCCCCACUACGUCGCACUGCCCGUUUCCGAGGGCUCACGCGCCCCUUCAGGCGAUCGCAACUUCGCCCCGCGUUGAGGCUGCCAACACGCGCGCACACCCCCCCACACGCGUUUCUAUACGUAUGGAGACAUAUAUAUGAAUAUAUAUAUAUAUAUAUACGUGACGCCCUAAAGUCCUGGCGGACGUGUGUGCUGCACGCGCCCUAGCUUUAUCCCCGCGCCCCGGCUCCGCUCGUGCGGACGCCCCCUGCCACGUGAUCUCUCGGCGCUGCAGCCUCUCUAGCCUGCCAGCGGCGGGGCUCUAUGGUAGGAGGAGGUCUGCGGCACGGUACGAGGACGGCAGCGGGGCGGCGAAGAUGGCGGCCGCGGUGAGGCAGGACCUGGCGCAGCUGAUGAACUCCAGUGGUUCUCACAAGGACUUGGCGGGCAAAUAUCGUCAGAUACUGGAAAAAGCCAUUCAGCUGCUGGAUGUAGAACAACUUGAAGCUUUGAAAGCUUUUGUAGAAGCAAUGGUGAAUGAGAAUGUCAGUCUAGUAAUCUCACGUCAGCUACUGACAGAUUUCUGUACCCAUCUUCCAAGUCUUCCUGACAGCACGGCCAAAGAAAUUUAUCAUUUCACCUUGGAAAAGAUACAGCCUAGAGUUAUUUCAUUUGAAGAGCAGGUCGCCUCAAUCAGGCAACAUCUUGCAUCAAUCUAUGAGAAAGAAGAAGAUUGGAGAAAUGCAGCACAAGUAUUGGUGGGGAUCCCUUUGGAAACAGGGCAAAAACAAUACAAUGUAGAUUAUAAACUGGAGACAUACCUGAAAAUUGCCAGGCUGUAUCUGGAGGAUGAUGACCCAGUUCAAGCAGAAGCUUAUAUUAAUCGAGCUUCCCUGCUUCAGAAUGAAUCAACUAACGAACAGCUGCAAAUCCAUUAUAAGGUUUGCUACGCUCGAGUUCUUGAUUACAGAAGAAAGUUCAUUGAGGCUGCCCAGAGAUACAACGAGCUCUCCUAUAAGAGUAUAGUCCAUGAAACUGAGAGACUGGAGGCAUUGAAGCAUGCUUUACAUUGUACUAUUUUGGCAUCAGCAGGACAACAGCGUUCUCGCAUGCUUGCUACACUCUUCAAGGAUGAGAGAUGCCAACAGCUUGCAGCCUAUGGGAUUUUGGAAAAAAUGUAUCUUGACAGAAUUAUCCGUGGAAAUCAACUGCAGGAGUUUGCAGCUAUGCUAAUGCCUCACCAGAAAGCUACUACAGCUGAUGGUUCCAGUAUCCUGGACAGAGCUGUUAUUGAACACAAUUUACUAUCUGCAAGCAAACUUUACAACAACAUUACUUUUGAAGAGCUUGGAGCAUUACUAGAGAUUCCUGCAGCUAAGGCAGAAAAGAUAGCUUCUCAGAUGAUAACUGAAGGUCGCAUGAAUGGAUUCAUUGAUCAAAUUGAUGGAAUUGUUCAUUUUGAGACUCGUGAAGCUUUGCCAACGUGGGACAAGCAGAUUCAGUCACUGUGUUUCCAGGUUAACAACUUGCUGGAGAAGAUAAGUCAGACAGCCCCAGAAUGGACAGCACAGGCAAUGGAAGCCCAAAUGGCUCAGUGACCGUGCACCCUUUGUCUGAAUGGAGGCAGUAAACUGCCUGCUGUGCUGGAAGAAGGGAACUGAGUAGGAUUGUGAACCAAAUGAAUAACCCACCUUCAUUUCCCCACCUUCUACUUUUACAGUCUUAGAACACAAUUAGGUGUUAGAACACACAGUUUGGUGUGAUAGUCCACUGGUUUUCUGAGCAUAGAAUGAUGCUGUUGCUUCUUCUGCAUUGCACUCUGCUGUCAUGAAAGCUAUGGUUUCCACAUAGAAAAAGCUGCAAUGUCUGCAGCAAGCUUUGGUUUAGAUAUAUUUAAUUUUAUUUUUUUUUACCACUGUAUUGCUAUCACUUUGUAGCCCAUUAUUUCUUAUGAUGCUUGUCCUGAUGUGAAAAUGUAAGUGACAUUUUCUUUUAGUUGUAAUUAUUCUAAUAAAGGCUGGAAUGAGCCACUGGGUUUAAGUGUU